CGCACAGAACGGCUUUGUGGCAACUCGCCCCAAGCCGUACUUCGACUCCGCGAACAGGCGCGCUCGUCGCGCCAUGUAGUUUUUCCCCAACAGUUAAAGAACAAGCCUCAAACUGUUUUCAACUCUCACAAAAGUUGUUAAAAAAUACUCCGGUGUCGGAACUGACCCCCCGCCCGCACAGAGUACGGGGGAAUCAAGUUCCGAACCGGGGAGAUUGGAGAAGUUUUCCAUCGGGAUGUCUGGGAUAAUAACCAAGCUUUCUAGCAAGGCUAGUCAGCCCCAGCCGUUGCCCUUGGACAACAACCCCAUCCUCCAGUACUUCGAGGUGGGGGCGGAGAGCAGCACCGCCGGCCCUGGUCUAAUCUGGCGCAUCCACGAUGCGUACCGGAAAAGCGAUGGGAAGGAGUGCUCGGUCUUCGUGUUCGACAAGCGCAUUGCGGAAAAGCUGUACAAGCCGAAGCGCAAGGACACCAUGCUUGACUGCAUGCGUCACUGUGUCUCGACCAUGGAGAAGUGGCGUCACCCGAAGAUGUUGCAAAUCAUCCACGCCCUGGAAGAAGGCACCACCACCCUCGCCUUCGCUUCGGAGCCGGUCCUUGCAAGUCUCGCUAACAUCUUGGCUUGGCAUGAGUGCAACGUUCUGCCCGGACAUGCGCCUCCAGUGAUGCCGCAUCCUAUAACCUUGGGGCCGCCGAGUGCUCAACAGCAGAUCUUGAAUUCUACUCCCCAUCUUCCACCCCACGCCAAGGAGUACUUCUUCCUGGAUAUUGAGCUGCGUUACGGCCUGCUGCAGCUCAUCGAGGCCCUUCACUACCUGCACUACAACACCCACAUGAUGCACCGCAACGUGUGCCCGCAGGUGAUCAUCGUCACGAAGAGAGGCACCUGGAAGCUCUUCGGCCUCGAGUUUGCUGAAAAUUGCCUGUCGUCGGACCCCACCGAUAUGAUUUGCGUGCCUCCGUGGUCCAUCAAGGUGGCAAAAUUAUCUCAGCCAAAUCUGGACUAUUUAGCCCCUGAGGUGCAGACCAGCGGCCAAUGCAGCAUUCUAUCUGACAUGUUCUCACUGGGAUUGGUUAUCUGCGCGGUCUUCAAUAAUGGGAAACCAUUGAUCCAAGCCAAUAACAACCCUAUGUUGUACAUGAAACAGAUCGAAUUCUUGGAUCAACAAGUAAUCCAGGUGUUGCCUCGCGUACCAUCUGCCUUGCAAGAGGCAGUGCAACGUCUUCUGGCCAGGGAUCCUCACCCUCGCCCCACCACCCAAUUGCUGCCGCUGAUCAAGUACUUUAAGAACAAAGGUGACCAAGAGCUGGCAAUAUCCGCGAUGCAAUUCCUGGAUGUGGUGACCAUGAAAGAUCCGAACCAAAAGGCUCACUUCUAUCGACACACUCUGAUUGAUGCGUUGCCGACCAUCCCUAAGAAACUGCGUUGGCAGCACAUUUGGCCGGCUCUGCAGACCGAGGUUCGCACCGCCGAGGUUCUGGCUUCAGUCCUCCAGUCCGUGAUGUGGAUGGUCAAGGAGGCUGAUGAAGCGGAAUUCGAGGUCUACAUAUUGCCAACCCUAAAGGGUCUGUUCAAUUCGCCGAGGAGCAUUCAAGCGUCGGUCACCAUUCUUGAGAACGUGCACACUAUCAUGCAAAAGUGCAAACAAAAAGAGAUAGACACAGAGGUACUGCCUCUAUUAUACCACGCUUUGGAAAGCAACACUAUGCAGAUCCAGGCUGCAUCGUUGGUUGCCACGCAAAAUAUUUGCGAUACCAUUGAUAACAAGGCGCUCCACACCGAACUUCUGAACAAAGUGAAAUCGCUCCUGGAGAGGAAUGCUAGCGACGUGAAGAUCAUCAGCUUGGUCCUCUGCUUCUAUGAAAAGAUUAUUGUCAAGUUCGACAAGACCAUCAUCCUGGAGCAGGUGAUUCCGACUCUGCUGGCUAUGCGGCUCAGCGACCCAGAUAUCGUCACGCGUGUCGUUAAACUAUACAAGUCGCUACUCAUGGAAAGGCGAUUUGGGUUACCUACCAAUGUGAUGGCCACGAAAAUGAUACCUUCGUUAGCUCCGCAAACGGUUAAUCCUGCGCUGAAUGUCGACCAGUUUACUAAUCUGAUGGAGAUCCUGUACGACAUGCUGGAGAACAUCGACCGCCAGCAGCGCUACAAGCUGAAGGUCGACAACCUCGCGCUGCCGAGUCCGGAGCGUCGCAAACUUCGCCACCAGAUGAGCACAGAUAAUAUGAACGCACCGCCUUUUAAUAUUCCAAACUUAAGAGUGGAUCAGCGUAAAACCUCUAGUGCUGAGGAUAUGGCCCGUAAAAAUUCUAUGAGUGGCCCUCCUCCCACUGCUGUUCCUAGCACUAGCGGUAGUGUAGGCGGGUUCAAGAGUAAGCAUACGUUUACAAAAUGUAGUGUUAAAAGCCCUACCCGGUCAAGAAUCAUACGCAAAUUUUCUGUAGGCACAGGUAUUGGCCAGUGGUUCUUCGGAUCCAGCAAUUCUACUAAUAACGACAACAAUUUCCUUCGCGUUUCAAGCGCUUUUCCUAACCGUCGCCUGUCGGAUAACACUCUGAUGACGCCCAAAAUACGCAUCGCGCCGUCGUGCGCUUCGUCCCCGGGAGGAACUCCGGGAUCAACAUCUGGCUUGCCCACGCGCCGCCACUCGAGCAUUGGGCCACAGGAGCGUCGGGGCUCGGCUGUCAACCUGUCUCCACCAACCGGCCACCAGUACAGGGGAAGGGCUGGCGGCUCAGGCUCGAGCCUGUCCGUGCCGGCUACGUCACAAUGCGUCGGUGGCUCAAUGCCAAACACAUCGUCGAGCGUACCGUUUCUGCUGACUUCUUCAAUGCAAUCCAUUCGCUCGCGCCGCCCAUCGGCCUGCCUGAGCGGCUCUCAGGGCUCCGGACUGCUGCAACAGAUUAGCAGUGGCAUGGUAAGGCACCUACCGAGCAGCAGUAGACACCACUCGCACGCGUCGACCUCGACCAACUGGAGCCUGCAGGGGGCCACCGCGGCUGGCUACAACGCUCUGCAGCACACCGCCAUGGCAGUGAGGAAAUGCCCCUCACUCAAUAUUACCCUCACGCGUUAAACACCCGCCGCUCGAACCCCGCCACCUGUACAAGCCGGAGGGCGCACGUAGUGUUAGCGGAGCCUCUCGCGCCGCCUUCGGCUGCUUCGUGUUUAUUGUACCCGUUCGCGGGCCUCGCCGUGUCUCUCCUUGCGAUCUGCCGACAAGGGCGAUCCCCGUCCGGUCCCUUGAUGUUUAGUAGUUACCAUAUUAUUAUAUCGAUGUUGUUUUAAGUAUUACCAUAUUAACUUUAUUUGCGAGUAUUUAUUAGAGAUAUAAACUUGUUUAUUUUCCUGUGCUGUCUAUAUUGAUUUUAGUUAGAUUGUGAAAGCGUAAGAAAUUGAAAGAGUAUACGGAAACGCGUAAUCUUUUCAUAAAAUUCUUAGGAUGAUACCGACGUUACUCAAUAUGAAUAUGUAUAUAAAUCACUUAAGUAUGUAUAAAGAUUGUUAACAGAGGUAUGGCGUAGGACAACCUGUGUAAGCUUUAAUCAGUAUAAUGUGGACAUAUCACUUUGGGUGAAGAAAAGAAGUUGGAAGAUGUCCAUUUGUAAUAAAAUUUAAGAGUUAGAGAUUGAAUAACUUAUUAUAACAGUAUAAUGUUACCAAACUGAUAGUAUACAGCAAAAUGUUGUAUAGAGGUGCUGUGAUAUGAUAUUGUUGUAUUUAUUAGAAACUACUUUAUAGUAGUAAUAACUUCUUCUGUUGUUGAACGUUAACACUUUAAUGGCAUUUGAGAAAUCGUUGGCUAUCAAAAGACGGUUAUGUGCCAAAUAAAUAAUUUUAAAAUGAUGUAAUGUGCCAGCAGGGCCAUCAUGUCGGCACUCGAUACUGAUUAACGUAGAUUGGAAACUGAAUGUAAUUGUAACGCCGAUAAAAGUGUCGGAGUGUGACAUGUCAGCGCCCGGCAGUAGCCACUGACUGCGGCCGGCGCGCCGCUACCCUCAGCGGUCACAUGAGCACUUCGUUUACUGGUCGAAUGCUUGCACGAGAAGGCUCUGGCAUAAGCAUUAAAUUAAAGUAAACGUAAAGCUGCACGCAUGCACAGGAUGCGUUAGAAAAAUUUAAAUAACCUUGAAUAAAAUUGUACUAACGACGUUUUAAUAUUCCGUGAAAGACUUUCUCGCCUCAGAUACCUAGGCGUUGUAAUAUUUAGGUACUUAAAGCGUCGUACUAAUAAAAAUCAACAUUGUUUAAUAAAAUGUCAACAGAAAGUGCGUAAAGUUUUCCGCGAAACGAAACUAAUUUAUUUACUCGUACGUUCGUUGUUGUACAGUCAGCAUAAUGUUAUAUGCAGAAAGUGUGUGUGUGUAUGUGUACUUAGUACUGUACACACUUUCGGUUUGAAUAUUUAGAAGUCAACCUGCCCUCUUUAAGCUUGAGUACCUACAUUUAGUUUGCUUUUCCGGCUUAUCGGUACGUAUUGUGUAGUGUUGAGGAUUGUUUGGUCCGUAGUCGGAUGACACCUAGCUAGAAGAAGCCGGCGGAAACAGCAGGGCUGGCGCCGGCGUAGAGUAGACUGUAGCACUAGUUGGUACUGUAGCGGGCGGGCGGGGACCGCGCUGCCGGUUGCGGUGGCGGCGCGAACUCCCGGCCGCAACCAUUGAUCUGGCACGCGCUUUGUUUUAAUAUUUUGUUUUAUUAUGGUUUCUUCCAGUACCAGCUGUUUUCCGGACGUACAUAAAGAGAAUUUCAUAUACGUUAGAGCCGCGUAGCGUAAACCGAGACCGGAUUGGCGCCCACGGGCCGCGCUUGCACCGAGGCCACGCGCCCCUCGCCGCCCGUCCGCGCCUCGCCGCUGCACGCGCUCAUUUCUACUUACAAAUGAGCUUCGAUUUUUUUAAAGUACUUUUCGAUCAAAAUUUAAUAAAUCUAGUAAAUUGGUUGCAAAUAAUUACACUUAUGAAUAUUUACUAACUCUCAUAAAUAAUAUCAAUGUCAUGCAUAUCGGCCUAACGAUUUUCUAAUGACUUGCGGUAAAAUCUAACAAAUUUUCUGUUCCAAUGCAUGCUGACUGUCAAUACGCACUUUUAUUGAUUUACUGAGUAACAUUUACAAAAUUACUAAUAUCAGAAACCACACUAUGGUUAUGGGUGCAUCUGCAUUCGUUUCUGUAAUGAUUUGAUCGUCAGUAGAGUGUUCGUUUGUUACGCCGAAAUUGCAAUCAGAAUGAAAGGUAUUGAGUUGCACGUCACAUCGGUUAUGACCUUGUAAUACCUAUAUUUGGCACAGUAAUUACAGUAAUAUGCACUUCUUGACAAGAUAGUACUGCUUCUGUAUGCACAUUUUUACACCUCUUUUAUUGAAAUAUUUGGACACUCUAGUUUUGAUUAGAGCUCAGAGCAAGGACAUACUCUCCGGGAAAACAAAAUAUACACCGCAUUGGAGGGAAGGUAGAAGUAACUGAGUCGAGGGAUAAUGUUCGAGUAAAUGUAACGUUUAACAGACAUUUGGCACCGAUAGCUGAGAUUUCUCGUGAAGCAUGAGUACUAUACGAGUAAGUAACGAUUAGAGUAUUCGAGUAUGUAUUAUGCUCUAAGUAAGUAAAGAUAAGUUAAAGAGAUUUUUUGAAAUGUGAUAGUAUAUCGUGAAAGUUCACCUGUCGGUCCAGUACUCUAACAAGGUGCCAAAUUAAUUAAAAAUAAAUUAAAUGAUCGCGAUGAAAAUGAUAAUUCACGCGACAAUAUUGUAACUUAAAUUAAAUUGUAUCUUUGAAAGAAAAACUAUUUCAUUCUUAACGCGCGGUAAUACCAUGCAAAAUUCUUAGUAUUAAAAAACCUUUUUGCUUGCGAUCGUAAACUACGAUAACGUCAAAUUAAACGCCGGUGUAACAGUAGCUAGUGUAAACCGCGAAACAGACGGUUAGUCGACCACUUAGUGUGGAUUUCGCGUUCUUAUAACCUUUGGUAAUCUCAAAAUAAUCACAUAAACACUACUUGAAUUAAAAUAAAACCCAUUCACAUAACUUAUGUAAUGCAGCGUAAAUAAAUACAUAAUCGUCAAUUUUGAAGAAAGAAAUGACUAGAAUGGAAUACAUGAAGGAUAAAACAUUUGGAAACAAAGUAACUAACUUAAAAAUCUAAAGUCUGCAUUAGCCACUUACUUACACAUAUAUAUUAUAUUCUAUUAAUACAAGACUCGCAUACUUUCAAUUCCUUUCAGCUUUGUCAACAAAUUAUGUAUUAUACAUCUUAAUGCUUAAACAUAAUUGUAUUAUAUGCCUAUCUCUCAUAUAUAAUGCUGAUGAUGCUAUAAGUUUGUGGAAAUAGGAUACCUGCUUUGCUGUCAUUUCGUGAAUCACAGUGAUACAAUUUCAUGUACAUAUAUUUAUCAUCAGCAGUAAUAUUUGACAUCUGAAGUUAUUGCUGUUUAUUACCAAAAACAAGGAAAUUCAUUAAUACUUGUAUAUAACUAGCAAGGAAAUGUACAAUAAACAACGCAGGUAUCCUAUAUACACCCUUAAUUAAAAGCGAAGUAAAUAAAACUUAUGUAUUAUCCCAAAUGAAAAUACGCAUAAUGUUUCAUUGAAUAUUAAAAGUGUGAAGGCAUAAUUAGGUGUAAGUAUGUCCAGAAAGUGAGAAGUAGACGUAAGUGAAGUAUAAGAUUUAUCAUAUUAUACCUACGUAUUAUUAUAACUAUAAUAUAUUGUAAUUAUUCUAGUUUUAAUAUAAUAUUAUUAUUAUCUUCGAUGUUGUGAACUUAAUAACUUUAUUCUCAAAACCCUUUGCCUUCAUUUUUAUUAAUAUAGUAUUUAAAUAAAAGUAUAUAUGAUAUUAUAUGUAAUAUAUAUCCAGGGCUAUGUAAUGAGGUAGUUUUGGGACGGCAUGUGCUGAGUUGUUGCUGUCACUGUAAGUGGCAGUGACGAAAGUUUAAUAUUCAAGAAACAUAAUUUCCCGCAUUACCGUGAGUGGUGACUUGAUGAACUUUUUCUAAACAUUCCUAUCGUGUUUCGAGACGAAGGACUCAUAAUUCACAUAGUUUCUCAAGCUGCUGCGGAGAUGGACUUGAACAAUGUAUAUUUUAUCACGCACCUCCAAAUACAAAAUGGCGCUAACUCCAAAACGAGAUUUGGACGAUUAGUAAACAUUUUAAUGUCAAUGUAAUUGCAAAAUUAAUGAACUUGCAACAAAUAAUAAUUUAAUAAUUGUAAUCAGCAACAAUGAUUACGCAUGUAACUGGUGGUAAAUAACUCGAUAGUUUGAGACAGGUAUCGCGUGGCUAUAGGUCCCUUGUCUAUAAGCUUGUCAUAGUUGUCGUGGCCCCUGUCCACCCCGCCCCCCCCCCCCGUGCACCCCGUACGCCCCGGUAAUAAGUUUUGUCUGUAGCCUCCUCCUCGCAACAGUCCGGCAGAUCAUUACAUUCUUCUAAGGGUUGUGGCGUUUGCUCAGAGCUGCUAUGUGAUAUCAUUUCUGUGUGCCCUGAUUCUAUGAUGUUAUUCAUAUCAACAUUCACUUUUUGAAUUAUUCGAUGUGAUUCUAUGAAGUAGAUAUUUAAAUACCUUAUUAUAUACCUUUUACGAUAUAUAAUUAAUGUUUUAUCAAAUAUUGAGCUACUUUGUGAUCUUGAUCUAUGAAUAUUGACUUCUAACUUCUUUAAACUUGACUGCUCUCUUCUAAGGCAAAGAUGAUUCGACAAUACUUUUAUAAGAUCUUUCGUAUUUUUCGAUCGACGCGAAACAUUCUUGGUUAAAUUUAAGGUGCAUAGAGAUAUAUUGGUAUAUAUCGUGUUUGAGCUUAUCAGAUUGAAUUUUAUGAAUAGUUACGGAUUUUCCUGAUUCUACUCUUGUUGAAACGAAAAGACGAAAAAGUUGCCUUAAUCUUGUUAACUCUAUUCUCACCAUGUCCCAGACUGAGCAGUUCUUACACUAGAGGCCUUCUUCGGAAGGCCGGAGUUUCUGGAAAUAUCACUUUCCCUUUCUCCCACGAACCUCCAAUGUUCCUCUUCUAGGAUCCCUUACAUUUUUGUGACUAUCUAAUUAGUGUUGGACAAAGAUCCACUCAUAUAUAUCAACAUUAUAUUAAAAAUAUAUUAAUCAACAUAAAUAUAAAUGUUAUAUUAUCGUGGAUUCAAACUAUAUGAUACCACUUACUAAUAUAUACUUACUCAUAAAUAUUAAACGAUGUUUAGUAGAGCAGGACCCCCGUUAAAAAUCCCAAAUGAAAAAAAAAUGGAUCCUUUUCAAAUAUAUCAAAAUAUGACAUAUUCAAUCUAUAUAUUAAAUGUUUAAGAUUAAUAAAUGUUAAGUGUUAUUCAUCAGAGCCGCACUUAGAUUUGAAUUGUAUACGGUGUAUUAGGUCCUUCUGUGGGAAUAUAAUUUAGUUAGAACUGUUGAACAACAGUGCUUAAUAUUGUCGACGCAGAAAUUGCGCUUAGCGUGUUUUAUGUAUAGUUGUAAUUUGGACGAUGCUUUGGUGAUACGAAACCCACUAUAUAUGACUAUAGGGUUUUGAAUACUUAACAUAGUAUGUAUAUUAUAGGCAUAGUUAUCGAUAAAAACAUCGAAUAAUUAUGCUUUAGUAGAUUUGCGUACGGAGAUCGCAUUUCUACGAACGAGCUCAUUAGACAGCGUGGCUCCUGUCAAUGACUUUACAUCACUGAAGCAUCGUGCUCCCUAAUACACUGACUUAUGUUACAUUAAUGACGGAGAGAGUCUCCGAUUUGUGUUUGUUAUUUAAAGUAUUAUGUAUACGUGGCUCUCGUAGUGAAUUAAAGUAAUAUUAAAAGUAA